AUGUCUCUGGCAUCCAAUGACCAGACAAGACAAUGUAUGGGUCAAGUUUUGCAGUUUCCUGACUCAUUUGAUGGGGCAGUAGGAGAAAGCAUAGUGUUUGCCCCUGACAAUCCACCACCCACUUCUUCAGCGUUUUGGCUAAUUAGAUGGAUUUUUGGAGAUCAACCUGUAUUUACCUCAACCCCUGCUGAAACUAACAUACCACCAGCAUAUACAGACAGAGUCACUGUGGACACCACCACUCAUGCUUUGAUGCUCAUGAACCUGACAUUCAGUGAUACUGGGACAUAUGAGCUGUCUGUACAAACUGACAAAAUCUAUACAGGACAAACUUCACUCCUGGUCUAUGAAAAAGUGACUGACACCAGUCUUACUGGUCCAGGAGAGUUAUUAAUAGAGCGGAAAUCAAUUGCUAACAUAACCUGUGAAGGAAAUGGCAACAUCACCUCUGUGCAGUGGAUAAAAGAUAAUAAUCCACUGAAUCCCAGCGUCAGCAUCAUCUUCUCAUCUGAUAACAGAUCAGUUUCCAUCAAUCCAGUGUUCAGAUCCGACAGUGGAGAAUAUCAAUGUACUCUGAGAAAUCCUGUCAGCUCUGAGACCAAAAAACUCAACCUUAUCGUCAACUAUGGACCAGAAAAUGUUUUGAUUGAGGGUCCAAAUGAGGCGGGUUUAGGGAGUCUGGUGUCAUUGUCUUGCUUUGCCACAUCUUUACCUUCUGCUUCAUUUACCUGGAAGUUUAAUGGAACAGACACCAGUGUAACCACAGAAAAAUUCACCAUAGAAAAGACCAACCUCACAAACAGCGGAGACUAUGUCUGCACAGCCAGGAAUCAUGUCACAAACCAAAACGUUGACUCUCAAAGCCAUAUUUUAGAAGUUAAAGAAGGUGGUGGUGGAGAUAAUGGUGGUGAUGGAGGAGGAGGGCUGACAACAGGUGCAAUAGUUGGGAUUGUCAUUGGUGUUUUAGUGGCAGUUGCAGGCAUUUGUGGUUUGAUUGUCUACCUUACAAAAACUAAAACAAUCCCAAAAGUAAGUCUGGGAAAAAACAAACCAACCAAUGAAGCACCACCCAGAAGACAAGAGCAUGAGUUGAACUAUGCAGAAAUCAGUCAUGAACGGAAGUCUAGAGGAGAGGGGGUGAUUCCAAGGAAUAUGAAUGAAUCUAUGACAGAAUAUGCACAAAUAAUGCAUGGAGCUUCAGCUAAACCACAAGCUCCCCCACCACCCUAUGAAAGCCAGGAAUCGAAACCCUCCUCCUUACCAGAAGGGGUUACCUAUGCACAGGUUAUGAAACGCAGCUGACGCGCCUUCCCGACAGUGUCCUGCAUAUUGCACAUUUUUAAUUUUGUGACAUUUCUAAAGAAACAUUUUGUUGUUGUGUAAGUGAGAUAGACUCUAAAGAAAUAGUGCUAUAUAGCACCAUAUUUUGGUGCUUCGGUGGUUC